GCAGUUACAGGAUUUAAAGAUAGUGGAAGUGGACUAGAUAUAAUACCCCCAACUGCAGCUCCACCAUGGUUGAAAAAAAUGGCUGUUCUGCAGGAGGAAACACAUCAUUACUUUAAAAAAUGAAUAUCCAUCACUUUAGCGGCUUAAAUUUGUAUUACAUGUAAUCAGCUGAUGCCGACUUGGCACGAAUACGUUUGUGUUGUGAUGGCAAUUUGGCAACUCUAACCUGUAAAAUUUUAUAAGAUAAAAGUUAAUUUUAAUUUUAUAUUUAUAGGCAUACCUCAAAAUAUUUUCAAAAUUUGUUUUUAUCUUUAUUACUAAUAAUUAAAGUUUGCCAAAAAAGUUAAAAAGUAGGCAAUAUAAAAACAAGCGCAUGGUGGAUUUUUGUUUAAAUAUAUAAGUAUCAGUAUAUAUUAAUUAAAAAUAAUAGAAUCGAGAAAAAGUGUCCGGCACAGCCGGUGUGGUUUCGACGGACCUGAUAACUCGAUUCAGUGGCGUAUCUAGAGGUCUGUGUGGGUGGAGAACGCCACUCAAAAAUACUCGCCCCCCUCCCCCUCAAGUAGUUAAAAGUCACCUAAAAUUACCUUAUUUUGCGAGUUAUAGCCCUUCACCUAAUCAUCCAGCACCCCACCCCCACGUGCCCUUCGUGCUCCCUAUCAUCCCCUCCCCAUUUCAAGAUUCCUCCGAGCUGUGCCACUGACUCUCUUCUAUGAUCUUCUGUCAUGUUAGUUGUAUAUUCAGCGUUUGUUGUAAUGAAUAUAUUGGUAAUGCAUUUAUCCAUCUUUAAGGGACAGAUUAGAGGAGAUUUAAUGGCUUAUUUAAAGGCUUGCAAAACUUCAUUAAGACUUUCAUUUUGAAAAACAUGGACAGCAUACAGAUUGAGUGCGUCAUGCUUGGUGUAAUUCUCCAAUGAAUUAAAUCAUUGUACUGUAUAAAAUAUAAACAUUACGCCUACAUAAACAACACAACUGUAUUUCCUUGUAUGACACUACUGUACUGAAUACCAAAACGUUAAGACAGUAUGUUAUGAUAUUGGGUUAUUUCAAGACACCAUGCGCUGUAUCAUACUAAACUUAGGCCUAUCAUUUGGUCUGUUGUGCCCCAGAAAGAGAAGAUUGCAGCAGUCAUUGGUUUUGAUUUUAAGUUGUAUAUUCAGCGUUGCUGGUACUGAAAUAAUUCAUCCUACAGAUGUAGUCGUAUUUGAGGGCCAGAAUGCCUUCUUUGAGUAUUCCUCACCGGUCAAUGCUUCUUCAUGGACGUGGUUCAGGACGCGGCAUGGUAAAGCAGCGCGUCUGUACAAUGACGGAAAAUACGUUAUAUUUGUUAACGGCAUGCGUACGGCGAGUAAUUUGACAGUCUUAAAUGUGACAAGGGCUGACGAUCAGACAAAAUAUCAUUACGAACGAGAUCAUACAUCUUCUAAUUCGGCAAACCUUACGGUCAUUACACCUCUUGAUACGAAUUAUCCAAAAUGUACCAUUACUAACAGCACAGAUAAUAUACAUGUUGGAGAAAAUGUGGAGAUCGUGUGCACUGCAAUCGGUGGUAUACCAAGACCAUCUUUACAUUGGUUCAAAAACAAUAUCAAACUUAAGGAAGACGAAGAUUUUACGUCAGGGGCUAAUAGUGUUACCUACCUAGACAUGUUAUCAAUCCUAUUGUCAAAUGAGGAUAAUGGAGUUGAAUUCAAAUGUAAAGCUGAUGGAAUAUCUGUAGUUCAUGGAAACCAGUCUUGCUCUGUUGUGCCUUUAAGCAUCCAACCUAAUGUAAGUAUAAUCGUAACUAAAAUGUCAUAUGAUGCUGGAGACUCAUUAAACAUUACCUGUUCCGGUGAGGGUAUUCCACGUAUUUCGGAAUAUAACUGGUUCUUUAACAAUAAGCACGUGACGUCAUCUCAAUCAAUGUUCAAUAUUAUUAAAAACGGUACGAUUUUAGAGAUUUUACAGCUUCAAACUGAACACUUAAAUGCUGAAAUAAGAUGCAAAGUCAGUAUACCAUCUGGAUUAAGUGCCAAUAAAAGCAUCACUCUUUCUUUUACCAGUCAUGAUGCAGCAACAAAUGACUUGAUAAUUUACAUAGUAAGCGGAUCUGUAUUAGGCCUACUUAUUUUACUAGGCCUACUUGUAGUUUGUACCAAAACAAAAAUUAAGAGGAAUCACGAAAAAAAUAGCAAAGUGACUACAUCUCAUUAUGUCAAUCACGACGUGUCAUUGAACCAGGUUGAAUUAAAAGAAGACAUGAAUAAAGACUGGUACAGCAGUGGUGAACCUCACCCACAACAUCCAAUGCCCAUGCUUGGAAGUAAAAGUGUCGAAAAUAUCUUAUAUAUAUCAGACAUCAAACAUAAUCAAGGCUUAAGCUCCAAAGAAACAUAUUCAUUGGAAAAUAUUUCAAAAGAGCGACCAGACAGAAUACUUUUGUCCACUAGUUCUAUUGACCACCUUUAUGCUAAGCCAGAUGGUGAACCUCAAUUAGAGCAUCCAAUGCCCAUGCAUGAAAGUGGAAGUGUCGAAAAUAUCUUAUAUUCCGAUGUUCCAGACAUCAAACAUAAUCAAGGCUUAAGCCAAAAAGAAACAUGUUCGAUGGAAAAUAUUUCAAGAGAGCGACCAGACAGAAUACUAUUGUCCACUAGUUCUAUUGACCACCUUUAUGCUGAGCCAGAAUUUAAGAAUUUAAGAAAGCAUAACCCAGAUACACAAUCAAUUGAUGGAAUUGCUGAUUUUGGAGAUUUAUAUGCAAAACCAAUAAAAGAGAAACAGAAACCAGAUACGCGAUCAAUUGAUGGAAUAGCUGAUUUUGGAGAUCUAUAUGCAAAACCAAUAAAGGAGAAGCAGAAUCCAGAUACACAAUCAGUUGAUGGAAUAGCUGAUUUUGGAGAUCUAUAUGCAAAGCCUAUAAAACACCGACAAUCAAUUCAUCAGUCUCUUGAAAAUAUUUUGGGAUCUUCAGAAAAUGAUAACACGUCCUCAAACCGGUCGGAAUCGGUUGAUGAUCUAGGCCUAUUAUACAGUAAGCCUAAUAAGAAUCGUGUAACGUCUUCAACUGAACACUUACCACAACUUUACAUCAAACCGGAUAGAACACACAAGGAAGCGUUUGAAGGUAAUCCUACCACAUACACUGGCAGGCCAGGAAUAGAAAGCAAUGUCCUUUCGAAUAACAUUAAACUGGACGUUACAUAUUCAAGCAUUGCUUAGACAAUAUUAACAGUAUGGUAUUUUCAUGAGUACAAGAAAAUUCUAACAAAAAUUAGGAAAAUAAUUACGCCUAUUAUAAAACGUGUUAUAAUGAAAGCAAUUAUGUAUAAAACGUGUAGAUUUCAUAACCUCCAAGAUGCAUAAUACAGUACCUUACAAAUCUAUACUGAUAUUGAAAUUUCGUUUAAAGUGAACCGAAAUUUUAACUUACAGCACUUUGCUGCCUUUCAGUAUACAUAAAUAGAAACCAAAUGAAGUUAUUUGAACCUUGCAAGUCUUAAAAAAAGUAUAUUAGGCCUAUAUAUCCAAAUAAAGUGACAAGUCGAAAGUUAUGCUUUUAAUAUAUAAAAUUCUAUUUGAUUAUUUACAUCAUUCCAGAGAACAAGGUGUUUUUUUAAACAUUUUAUUUCAAUGUUUUUAUGCAUAAUGGGAACUUAAGUAAACAAUCCUUGCCAUUGCUAUGUUAUUACGAGAUUUAUAUCUCUCAGGCAUCUCCUGUUGGUUUUCUCAUGUUAGUUAAACUAGCUUUACAAUAAAUAAAUGAACAAGUGUUGUAUUUUGUUUGCCCAUAUGAUAUGUUUUUGCAUUAGGUACGGUGAAAAGAACUAAGAAAACUAAAAUUAUAAGGUGAACACAAUAUAACUGGAAGAAUAAUUUGCCUAAGUAUAAAAUUAUAUAGAAUCGAUUUAUAUAGCCUUAAAAUAUAUAUUUUAUUUCCAUGUUUUGAUGCAUAGUGCGAACUACAGUAUUUUAGGCAACACUCUUUGUGUGUUGCUAUUGUUCGUACGGGAUAUUUUACAGGAUUCCCCGUUGGUUUCCUCCUAUUUGGAUUAGUUACACAAGUUUUGAGGUUUUGUUGUAUUGUUUGCAUUGGCUUUUGAUUCUAGGCGGAACAUAGAAUGCAAUUUGCCUAUUGAACAAAUUGGGUGACGUUUGGGUCUAAAAAUAAUCUAAAGUACUAUUCGGUCGCACAGGAAAUCAUUAACAAUAAGUGAGCACGUACGUUAUGGCCGCACCACAGACAAUAUUGGUAAACGUUGUAGCGAUCAGGAUGUUUACAUUGUCAACAAACGUUUAAGAAUAAAUGUCAAGUCAACUUGAAAUGCCACGUUAAAAUGUCUUUAAGAUACAAUCUUACUAUUACUUAUUAACAUAUCACUUAAUACCUAAUAUUAUUAUCAUCCUUUCAACAGUUGUGUACCUUCAAAUAGGCGGAAUAAACUUUGAUGAAUCGGAAAUACUAUUAAGGUUUUAAUCCCACUAUCCAUUCACUAUACCAAUAACACUUUAGGAUUUUGUUCACAUUAUUUUAUGCUAAAUAUUGAGAAUUAAGUGUUGAUUUAUUUGUAAUAAAAUAAGAUGUUUAAUAGAACCAAAACACAUCACGUGCAAUUCAAUUAAUUUCAUUUUAAAAGACAUGAAUUUUUAAUAAUUUAUUUUUAUACAAGGGCGUUGGCAUCAGUAUUUCACUGGUCACUACAUCCUUAGUUGGCAAACCAGCACAUUUUUUGUGCAACUUUCU